CGUCAAGGUCAACAACCAUUGAUCCUCACUUUCCAACCUUCUUCCUCAUCAACUACAUACCAACUUCCUGCUAUCCAUUAGCGGCUACCGGACGCUCUCAAGAUGACCAAGAAUCACCCUUCGCUCCGCAAAACGGCGUCAAACGCCGACCUGUAUUCCGACCCGUCACCGACCCGUCCGCUACGACACUCCUACUCCACGCUUUCGCGAGCUCAUACCACUACGUCGGCCACUCAUCGACCAAGGCCAGACCGAGUUUUGGAGAGGCCCGAAAGGUGGAAUUACGGGGGGAUCCAGCCUGAGGCUAGGACUCGUCACAGCCUCGCAGCACCAUAUCCCAAUCUGAUCGAUGUUGAGGACGACUUCUCUCAGCCUUCGCGGUCACAGAACCCGCCGCCUGUGCCUCCUAAAAUCCCAGAGGUGCCAGCUCCCCAGACAAAGAAUGAGCAGCCAAAGGGGCCGCGACCCGCGCCAUCUCAUAGCUGGCAUCCAGUGCUCACACGCGCGAAAGAGGGCCCAGAGAGGUACACAAAGCCUUUCCUCGAAUUCAUGACCGGCAACCCGACUGUGUUUCACGCCGUCGACGCUGUAGCCAAGGACCUCGAAAAGGAUGGAUACAAGAAGCUGUCGGAGCGUGAUACCUGGGACCUCAAGGCUGGGAGCAAGUACUAUGUUGAACGCAACGGCACCUCGCUCAUCGCUUUCGCAAUUGGCAGCGGCUAUUCAGCUGGGAACGGUGCAGCCAUCGUAGCCGGCCAUAUCGAUGCUCUUACCGCCAAGUUGAAGCCCAUCCCCAAGCUACGUAACAAGGCUGGCUAUGUGCAGCUAGGCGUGGCGCCUUAUGCGGGUGCGCUAAGUGACACUUGGUGGGAUCGAGAUCUAGGCAUUGGUGGAAGGGUGCUUGUGAAAGAGAAUGGGAAGAUUGUGACCAAGUUGGUCAAGCUAGACUGGCCCAUUGCGAGGAUUCCGACUCUUGCUCCACAUUUUGGUGCCGCUGCGAAUGGCCCAUUCAACAGGGAAACGCAGAUGGUGCCCAUUAUUGGUCUAGAUAACACCGAUCUUGAUGCUGCAUCGGCUGAGAACGAGGACGGAUGGAAACCCAGUGUGCUUGGUGGAGAGGGUACAUUUGCUGCCACGCAGCCCGAGAGGCUGAUCAAGGCUAUCUCUGGAGAGCUAGGCAUUACCGACUACUCUUCCAUUGUCAACUGGGAACUGGAGCUCUUCGACACCCAGCCCGCCCAAACUGGUGGUCUAGGCAAAGAAUUCAUUUUCGCUGGCCGUAUCGAUGACAAGCUCUGCUCUUGGGCCGCCGUCCAAGCUCUACUCAACUCCUCCUCUUCGCUCUCCAGCUCCUCUCAGAUUCGCAUCGUAGCCCUCUUCGACGAUGAGGAAGUUGGCUCUCUACUUCGCCAAGGUGCGCGCGGUAACUUCUUGCCCAGCGUUAUGGAGCGCAUCGUCGAAGAAUUCGCCGAUGGGGGGAAGACGAAGGGUGCGCUAAGCAGGACAUAUGCGAACUCCUUCCUCGUCUCUAGUGACGUUAUUCACGCCGUAAACCCCAAUUUCCUUAACGCCUAUCUCGAGAACCACUCUCCGCGUCUCAACAUCGGUCCCGCGGUUUCUGCCGAUUCAAACGCGCACAUGACCACCGAUGCCGUCUCAACCGCUGUCUUACAGCGCUGCGUGGACCGUGAUAUCGGUGUGCGUAAGGUUGAUCCGAAACUGCAGGUCUUCCAGAUCAGGAACGAUAGCAGGAGUGGUGGCACCGUUGGGCCGAUGCUGAGUGCUGCGACGGGUAUCCGGGCGAUUGAUUGUGGUAUUCCGCAGUUGAGUAUGCAUUCUAUUCGCGCGACGACGGGAAGUCUGGAUCCCGGUUUGGGAGUGUUUACGUUCCAGAGCUUCCUCGAGAACUUUGAGAGUGUGGAUGCGGAGUUCAAAGAGUAACGACUAUGGCCAUGAACAGAGUGAGAGCGUAAGAUCAUGCAAGCUACGGUGGUCACGAGCGGGCGUGGAUACUGUCAGCAUACAAUUUCAAGUUUCAGUUCGAAUCAUACACAGUUUAUAUGCGUAGAAGUCGUGGAUAUAUCACAGGUUACACUAAGUCUGAAGCAAGUGUAUGAGCAGGAGACUUGUUCAACGUGUGCAAGAUUUAAGCCCAAGAUCGCAUUCUAUCGGUUGAAGAGUUUCCUCGUGGGCAAUCCUCGCGAACAUCUUUCCCAUGAAGCGCUGGCCUAGUUACAUAUACCCGAUGAGCUAGUGACGGGUGGAGUGAAGACGCCACCUCGGGAGUGGACCUGUGCGCCCCGCUAGCGCGCCGCUGAAAGCGCGUUUCCACAACAAACAAUGGC